AUGGACCUGAUAGGAAAAAUUGCCCCUCCAGCCACACGAGGGCAUUGCUUCAUCAUCGUGGCAACUGAUUAUUUCACCAAAUGGGUUGAGGCAGUGCCAAUGAAAACAGUUAGUCAGACAGACAUCAUCCAAUUUCUCAAGAGCCAUAUCAACCACAGGUUUGGGCUUCUAGAGACCAUUACUUGUGAUAAUGGGUCCGCUUUCACAGGAGACGAAGUCAUAGCAUUCGCAGCCGAGUUGGGAAUAACAUUAACUCAUUCCACCCCAUACUACGCACAAGGCAAUGGGCAGGCUGAAGCCAGCAACAAGAUACUAAAAGGAUGCCUGGCUAAGGUAGUGGAUGACAACCCACGAAGGUGGGCAGAUAUGCUUUCUGAAGUUCUGUGGGCUUUCAGGACAUCACAACGGACUAGUACAACCACCACACCUUUCGCUCUGACAUACGGGCAUGAUGCUGUGCUUCCCAUGGAGAUCAGUGUUAGAUUAACACGGGUGGCAUACCAAGAAGGGCUCAAGCCGAAGGCCUACAGCGAGGCAAUGUUGGCCGAAUUGGAUGACUUAGACGAAGAACAGCUGGCCUCGCUUGAUAGGAUGAAAGUAUAG